AUGAAAACCCACAAUCUAACUACUUCAGAAAAAAAUGAAUCAGACAACUUAUUACUAUGUCGGGGAUUUCAUCCACUUAGUUUUCAAUGGAGUUUUGCUCACGGAUCACCGGGUUACUUGAUUAAUACACAUCAAUCUAGGUGCAAGGAACAAUCAUCAAUACUCAUGGACUUUCGUCAGAAACCUAUAUUUCACAAACUAAAGUCUUCUGGAUGGGACUAUAUCAAAUGGUAUGCAGAUUCAGCAAAGUUAGUUCCUGGUUGUACAAAUCCUUUGAUUUUAGCAGCACAACAAUGCCCAAACAUGGACGUAAUCAAAUUGAAAGUGGCUGUUGUCCUAAUGAUACCUUUAAUAGAUUUUUCCAAUAAAACAUUUGAUUUCUUAAGUCUACACAGUAUGAUAGAAACUGUUGAACAAAACCGUGAUGGCUUUUUAAAGGAAGUUUUUCAUGAAUACAGAUCGUUUUCGAAUUUUGAUAUUUAUGAUUCUAAAACGACCUCGUUCAGUGUAAAAUUAGUUGAAAUCGGUGGAUUAGUUGAAAUUGUCUGGACUCAUUGCAACAAUGCAGACAUUCGAAUAUAUCUAUGUUUUGGAACGUAA